AUGCAGCGGAGCUCUCGACGGCUCACGUUGAGCGUGGGCACUUUUGAGGAGGUGGUAGAUGGGAGGGUGACACUCACCGAUGAUGUUGCCCGCAAACCCACACGCCCCUUUUCCCCCGAGUUUGGCUGGAACGCCAUUGUCCGUCGAACCACCUCUCAUCAGGGCACUGCUAGCAGCGCCGCAUCUGCGAGCGCUAGCUCUCACCAUCUCCAAUUCAAGACACUCUACCACGAAUACGGCGAGGCCCAGGAGCAAGCGACAGAGCUAGCGAUCGACGUAUUGUGUCGACACUUCUUCACCCCGAAUGGACGUCUGAAUCCACACAAGGCCAAUCCCAACCCGAACCUCUUCUACGUCCCCAUAAUAGACGCCAACAGCCCGGCCGACUAUCUUUUUGCCAUGAAGUUCUGCAUCCACGGCGGCAAAAACCUGAGUCAAGGGUCCAGCACCGCAAACUCCAUCCGCCCUUCCUCAUCCGGCACUGUUGCUCAGAUAACAGAUUUCGCUUGUUCCGUUAUCAGCUCAAUCUUUACAGCCAAGAGCAGCAUCCAACCGGAGAUGGGAGCGUCCAAUGCUGCAGCAGCCACGCUUAAGGCAAUGGGUGCCGACAAGAUGCAGGUCCUGAGGGAACACUUGAACAGCCUCAUGGACGCUAUGGAGAUCAUUACAAAACACCAUGGGGAUGUCUGGCGACAAGGGAGGUUUGAAACUGCGUUCACCGGACUGUUGGUGACCGUGGGGGGCGGGAGACGUUGCGGCGCUGGCAUUGUAUCGCUGAUCGCCGCGUUUCGUCAUAUGCGCACAGCGGAAACAACCGGGAAAGAUGCGACCGCGAUGGACAAGAGCCGGAAGACGAUGCACUGCUGGCUCUGUAAGAUCCUGAUAGACGCGCUGCGCAGCGACUACCAAAGCCGCCGGGACGCCCCGGCGACUGCUAAGCUCGUCAUGGAAAUGGUGGCCGCCUUGGACCCGGAAGCGCUCAAAGGGUGGGACUACCGGUCCGCCUCGGUCGAGUACCUGAGUCGGGAACUGAGGUUCUUGGUACAGGGUUGGGCAGGUCUGGCCAAGUAG